AUGCUGUCAACCAACACACACAAAGCCUUGAAUUACACAAUUGGAAAUCUGCUGUACAACACCCAAUAUGGAGCAAAAGAGAAAGCGACCAAAGUGCUGCUGAUCAUCACAGACGGGGACAGCACUGACUUUGACAAAGAUUACGAUUACGUGACCAAACGUCUGGACGAAAAACACGUCAUCAGAUACGCCAUUGGGGUUGGCUCUGUGAACAUCAAAAAUCUGAAGAGCCUGGCUUCUGAACCCAAAGACAGCAACACCUUCUACGUUAACGACUACAAAGGGCUCAGACGUAUCCUGGACAACAUGCAGGAUAGAAUCUACAACGUGGAAGAUGAGAAGACAAAAUGCUGGUCCUUUGUAAACGAGAUGUCGCAGAGUGGGUUCAGCAUGGCAUAUGCCAAGGACCGCCUGAUUCUGGAAGCUGUUGGGACCUCGGAACGGGCUGGCUCAGAUGUUGAGAUGAAGCCUGACAUGAAAACUCCAAUCAUGCCUCCCAAAAAGAAGGGCUUGGGGAUGUUUAAUACCCCUUGA